AUAACGUUGAUGCAAUCUAAGAAAAAAUUGAGCAAUACAUUAUACACGCAGACAAACAGUAAACACUGGUAAAGGCAUUAUAAAACAGCAAAAGAGGAUAUAUAAUAACAAAAAUGGCAGACGGAUACAAAUCAUACGGAGAGGAUUACUCUCAAUACUUUUACUACGAUCAACAAUAUCCUCCACAAUUCUAUUAUCAAUAUGAUCCUCAGAAUUACAAUCAUGGGAUAGAUAAUUCACAAAAUUUUUAUCAAGGGGGAGGUAAUCCACAACCUUAUUAUUAUCAAGGAGGAGAAAAUCAGCAGAACUUCUACUGUCAGGGACCUGCGGAAAGAGAAAAUCCCCAUACUCUUGGUAUGAAUGAAAGACCAGGUAAAUCUCAGAAUCUCAGAGGCAGGGGAGCAUCUAGAGGAAAGUUGCCAGGCUCAAGAGGAAGGGGUAAACAACAAUUUAAUGCAGAAGAAAAUCAAAGCAUGGAUAAAAGACAUCAAUCUAGACCUCAUUUUCAUGAACCAAUACCAGAAAGUAAAGAAAGAACUGAUUCAAAUGAUUCUAAGGAAAAUUUUCCUUAUAGUAAUAGAAAUAAAAAUUAUUCAGAGAACACCAGAAGUAGGGGAAGGGGACGGGGACAGCAAUAUAAUAGUCGACAGUUUUAUAGACAUAAUACAGAUAGAGAGGGCAAUUCUGACAACUAUGAUCAAUAUUACAAGGGUGAUCGAAGGAGAGGGGACAGAUAUUCAAUGGAAGAUGAUAGAGGUGAUUCAAAACAAUCUGAGACUAGGAAUGAAUAUGUAAGAGAAGGUUAUACACAUCAAAGAGAUGAAGAAAGCUCAAAGAAAGACACAGGUAUUGUUUAUGAAAAAUCGAGGAACAGUAAUGAUAAUUCAAAUGGUAGGCAAAGGACUAAUGAAAGGAGAGAGAGUAACUGGAAGGAUAAGAAUAGACAAUAUUCAGGAGGUGGGAAGUCAUCACCUCGUCUUGUUGAGAUGGAUAAGAAUAGACAGUUUUCAGGAGGUAGGAAGUCAUCACCUCGGCUUGUAGAGAUGGAUAGUAAAGCCAGUUUUGAACGGAGAAACAAUCCACAACAAAGCAGCCUAACUGAUGAUAAAUACCAAGAGGACAGUGCACGUGUCACAGAGAAAAAAUAUAAGUUUCCACCAGCAGAUAAAAAAUUCAUUAGUAAAAAACAGAUGAUUAAAAAGGUUUUAGCUGGAAAAGUGGAUGAAACACAAAGAGGUUUACUAAUAGAGCAGUUAACAUUAGGAUCUUAUGAGUGUAUGGUUUGUUGUGAGACUGUAAAAUGUCAUCAUGCAGUGUGGAAUUGUCCUGGAUGUUUUCAUGCCUUUCAUCUUAUAUGUAUUAAAAAAUGGGCCAGGUCUCCUACAGCUUUAAUGGAAGGUGAAGGAUCAGGUUGGCGAUGUCCAGCUUGUCAGAAGGUCACAGAUAAAUUUCCUAACCAGUAUUUAUGUUUCUGUGGUAAAAUAAGAGAUCCUCAAUGGGAUCGUAUGGAGACACCUCAUAGUUGUGGACAAGUUUGUGGGAAGAGUAGGGGAGAUAACUGUUCACAUCAGUGUAACAUAUUAUGCCACCCAGGACCAUGUCCACCCUGUAAUGCUGUGGUGAAUAGAAAUUGUGCAUGUGGAAAAGAGAGUAAAUCUGUGAAGUGCAGUAUAACUGAUGUAAUGAAGUGUGAUACUAUUUGUGGUAGAGUGUUAAACUGUGGAAAACAUUUCUGUAAAGCUUCCUGUCAUGGUGGUUCUUGUGAACCAUGUGAAGAAAUUAUUAUUAAAGAAUGUUAUGGAUCACAUGAGAAGAAGGAGGUUAAAUGUGGAUGUAUUGAAUCAUUCAGUAAAUCUUUUAGUUGUGGGAAUCCUUGCAAAAAGUCGUUAGAAUGUGGUCAUCAUGAAUGUGAUAUGGUAUGCCAUGCUGGAGAUUGUAAAACCUGUGAAACGUUACCUGAGGUGGUCACUAAUUGUCCUUGUGGUGCCACACCCCUCUCUGACCUGUCUACAGAAAUCAGGACAUCAUGCACUGAUCCUAUACCAACUUGUGCUCAGAUCUGUAAUAAACCCUUGGGCUGUGGAUCACCAGAGAAUGUACACAAAUGUCAAGAAAAAUGCCAUGAAGGGCCCUGUGGUCCAUGUGAUGAUGUAACCACACUUAGAUGUCGCUGUGAUUCUCUAGAUAAAGACAUCCCUUGUAAGGAGGUGCACCAAUUUACAGAGGAGAAACCAUUUACUUGUGAAAGAAGGUGUAAUAAAAAGAGAUCGUGUGGCAGACACAAAUGUGGACAAUUGUGUUGUGUAAGUGAAGAACAUUUCUGUAUUCUAAUAUGUGGCAGGAAAUUGAGCUGUGAGCUUCAUAAAUGUGAUGAGCCUUGUCAUCGUGGAAACUGUCCGCCAUGUUUAAUGACAAGCUAUGAUGAAUUGACAUGUCAUUGUGGAGCUGAAGUGAUGCUACCUCCUAUACCUUGUGGAACCAAACCGCCUGAAUGUAAAAAUCUUUGUUCACGACAACAUGACUGUGAUCAUACAGUAUAUCAUUAUUGUCACAGUGAAGAGGAAUGUCCACCAUGUACUGUGUUGACUGAGAAGAGGUGUAUGGGUAAUCACGAGCUGAGAAAGAACAUUCCUUGUCAUCAAAAUAAUGUAUCCUGUGGUUUACCAUGCAACAAGGUGUUACCAUGCCAACAACACAAAUGUUUGAAAACUUGUCAUUCUGGUGAUUGUCAGAAGGAUGGAGAUAGUUGUAAUCAGCCCUGUAGGAUAAAAAGGAAAGAUUGUAACCAUAUGUGUGGAGUUCCAUGUCAUUUUGGAUCACCUUGUCCACAAACUCCUUGUAAAGCUGAGGUUUUAUUGAUUUGUAAAUGUGGAAAUAAAGAAGCUAAAGUACCUUGUUUAUCUGGGGCAGCUCAGGAUACAGCUGAAUAUCAAAAAUUAACUGUGCAAAGUUUGGCUGGUUCCCUGCAUUCAGGACAACCAGUAGAUAUAUCCCAACUGGCAAAGAAAAAACUUAAAAGACAGUUAGACUGUGAUGCUGAAUGCGCUGUACUGGAGAGAAAUCGUAGGAUGGCAUUAGCUCUAGAAAUCAGAAAUCCUGACCUUAAUGCCAAACUUGGUAAUCCUAUAUAUACAGACUUCUUAAAGGAUUAUGCAAAGCAAAAUCCUCAUUUUGUUUCAUCAAUUGAAAAGGCAUUAAGUGAAUUAGUGAAAAAUGCUAAACAGUCGAAGCAGUUACAUAGAUCCAAUUCAUUCUCACCAGGAAACCGUGAUCAAAGACGAGCCAUACAUGAGCUUGCAGAAUGCUACGGAUGUGAGACACAGAGUUAUGAUUAUGAACCAAAGAAGAAUGUUGUGGCUACUGCUUAUAGGGAUAAAUGCUGGCUUCCUUCAGUGACAUUAACAUCAUACAUACAAAGAGAACUACACCCAAAGGCACCAUUACCUAUACCUCAUGUGCAUUCAGAGGCUGCCUUAAAGCAAACUGCUAAAGCAGCAAAACAAAGUACAGAUGUUUUAUCAGAUAUCAAACCGCCAUCUCGAUGGGAGACUAAAACAGACUUUAAAAAACAGAAACCAGAAAUAGACUAUUUUGAUUUUUCAUCAAAUUGAUGAUUUUUGUAUAUCUAUUAACAAGAAAUAUUUGUUAUUUGUUGAAUUAUUCAAAAUUAAAUUUGUGUUUGGUUUAAUUAUAAAAAUGAUUAAUGAUUACUUGUGGUAUAAAGAAAUGUAUGAUUCAAGAAGAUUUAAUGGAAAAACAAAUAAAUGUAUUUAAGUCACUGGUAAAGAACUGACUAACAUAAAUCAGAAAAAAAAUAAUUACUUUUUAGACUUCUGAAAAUCUCUCAAAAUUUAUGUUUGAAAACAUGUGGAAAAACUUUGUAUAUUUUAAUAGAGAUACAUACCAAAUUAGUAGAGGACAUCGCCCAAGAUAGAAUUUCAAGCAUGAAAUUAUAGUAAUGGAAUGUUCUUGGUAUAUGCUUUCUAUUUGGUCUAAUAGAAUUACCUACUUGACCUCAAGAUAUAUCUGUAAAGGAAACAAAAAUAAUUUAAUGAUUUUUAGAGAAGAAGACUUCUUGUUUUCCAGUACAUUUUAAGUUGUAAGAAGAGAAUUCUGUCUUAUCUAAUUAAGUUUUGUGAAUUACUUGACAUAUGAAAAUUAAAAUUGAUAAGUAAGAUACAAAAUAUAAUUCAACUUAAUAUCCUUGCUGAUAGUCCUUGGUUUGGAGAAUACAUUUUAACAACAAUUUAUACAGCAACCAUGCUAUCUUCGCAGUCAAAAUUUUACUGACUGUAUAAACUUAAUAAAUGAUAUACAUAUAUAAAGCCUUGUUUAUGACAUGACCGAUUUGUUUCAAAAGAAUUAUAUUGAAUACAGGUUUGCUGAAUAUAUGCAUUUUUUGCUUCAUGUUAUAUUAAUUUAUUCACUAAAAAUUUGUAGUUUUGAUCAUUGCUGUAUAAAUGGAAUACCCAUACAUUGUCUGCAAUAUAAAAUGUAUUUUUACUCAGCACAAAGCAAGAUAGAAGUGCUUGUCUAGCCUGACAUUCCUUCUUGUUUCUAUGCCUUAUGUCUUUUUGGGUUGCUCAACCAUCUUUGUCGAGCCUUCGACUUUUGUCGAAAAAGCGAGACAUAGCGAUCCUACAUUCCGUCGGCGUCGUCGUCGGCGGCGUCCACAAAUAUUCACUCUGUGGUUAAAGUUUUUGAAAUUUUAAUAACUUUCUUAAACUAUCCUGGAUUUCUACCAAACUUGGACAGAAGCUUGUUUAUGAUCAUAAGAUUAUAUUCAAAAGUAAAUUUUGUGAAAAAAAAAAUUCCAUUUUUUCCAAAUUUUACUUAUAAAUGGACUUAGUUUUUCUGCCAGUUAACAUUACAUUCACUCUGUGGUUAAAGUUUUUAAAAUUUUAACAACUUUCUUAAACUAUCCUGGAUUUCUACCAAACUUGGAAAGAAGCUUGUUUAUGGUCAUAAGAUAGUAUCCAGAAGUAAAUUUUGUAAAAAAAAAAUUCCAUUUUUUCAGUAUUUUACUUAUAAAUGGACUUAGUUUUUCUGCCAGUUAACAUUAAAUUCACUCUGUGGUUAAAGUUUUUAAAAUUUUAACAACUUUCUUAAACUAUCCUGGAUUUGUACCACACUUGGACAGAAGCUUGUUUAUGAUCAAAAGCUAGUAUCUAGAAGGAAAUUUUGAUAAAAUUUUGUUCCAUUUUUUCCGUAUUUUACUUAUAAAUGGACUUAGUUUUUCUUCCAGUCAACAUUACAUACAUUCUGCAGUUUAAGUUUUUAAAACAUUUAUUAGAUUCAUAAAUUAUCCUGGAUUUUUACCAAACUUGGACAGAAGCUACUUACAAUCAAAAGAUAGUAUAGAGAGGAAUAUUUUUAUUAAUUUUUUUUCUCAUUUUUGUUGAGCCUGCGAUUAACAGCAAAAGUAGGCGAGACACUGGGUUCCGCGGAACCCUUACGAAUUUUUGUCAAUAUAACUGAUCUAUAAACAACUGUCAUACAAGUGGAAGGUUAAGUUAGUGAUAAAACCAGGUUUAACCCCCAUUUUCUUUGGAAAAUGCCUGUACUAAGUCCGGCAUAUAAUAGUUGUUUUUCAUUUGUUCUGUUGAUUGAUAGCUUUUGAUUAUGUCAGUUUUAUUGGAGUUCCCCUUUUUGAAUUUGCCUCGGAGUUUGGUAUUUUUGUUGUAAAAGUAUUUUUUUUAUUUUAAGAGAAUGUAUGGUUAUUCCCUAUGUAUUUUAUAGGAACGAUUAGCACAAUAUUGGUAGUUUUGUACUUCUAACAAAAUAUGAAUAAUACUUGUAUUUACAUGUUACUGUAUCUUACUGUGUUACCACUAAAGUUAUCUAUUUCAGUAAUGAGUCAAUUGAUUUUUGUGAAAUUGAUAGGUUUCAUUAAUAAUAUGCAGAUUCUCUUAAUCAGAUGUGAUGAUGAUGUCAUUGCUAGAAUUAUUAAAGGAGAAAAAUUUAUGUUUGAAUGCUCUGUUAAUUUUUAAACUUAAAAUUUAUGCAUGAAAUUUGAAUGUAGCUAAAAUUAUUAUAUGAAAUCAAUUGCUUGCACAUAAAUAUAUAUACAGAUUGUAUAAUUUGGUUCAUUAAAGUGGAAUUAUAGAUUUUAAUGUGCUAUGAGGAAAAUUUUGUUGAUUACUUUAAGUAAUAUUAUGUUAUUUCAAAAGUUUGUUUGAAACAAUAAAUUAUAUAAUGCCAUCUUAA